UGCAGCAAAAGCCGCUUGGAGAGCGAGCCCCCAAGUUGGGGGAAAAGGCUCUUUUUUUUUUUCUUUGCCUCUCCAAGAGAAGCCAAGUGAUCCCGCUCCCGGGUUUUCUUCUUCGACCUUGCCGGCGUCCUGCGCUGGUUGGAUCGGAAACCUGCGAUCCCCUGCCAGAUCCUCGAUCGCUCCGGUUCCUGGGCCGGCCAGAUCUAGAGGCUCCCUCCUUUUUCCCACCCACCCCCCACGCAAAAGCCUCCACCUCUUCGGGUGGCGCCUCUCCCAAUCCGGUCGGGCUGGAAAAGCCAAACAAGGAGGGAGCUCGUCUUUUUCUCCUCCUCUCGCCUCCCUCUCUGCAUCGAGGGCUGGGCCGCUUCUCCCUCUUGCUUUCUUUCCUUUCGUUCUCUCUCUCUCUCUCUCAUUCUUUCUUUCUCUCCUUCCCUCCGGGUUUGGCGGGUCCAAAGAUUUUCCCUCCCCCCCCCGGACGGUCUCCCGUUUUGCUGGCGCUGCUGCUGCUGGAAGCCCCAGGAAGCGUCAAGAAGGAGGCGAGAUUGCAAAAAAAAAAAAAGCAAAGCUUUUCCCCUCUUCCCAGCAGUUUGGAAAGCGAGGAGGGGGCGCCUCGACCCCCGUUUUUAGAAGCAGCGCGCCUGGGAACGCGCGAUCCAAAAAGGGGAGAAAAGUUGCUCCGGAGACCUUUGCGCGCAAGUGCGCGCUCCCGCCCGGGUGUAUAUGUGUGUGAGUGUGUUUGUCGAUCAAGAGAAAAUUAUAUUCCCAAUAGCCAACGUCUGGAACAACCGUAAGCCUGGAUGACCCUUAAUUUAUGGACAAGCUCAGUUGUGGUUUACUUGAAGAAUGAGUCAGCAACUUCAGGAUUUGAAACACUACUAAUCAAGCUGAAAGUAGACGCAGAGAAACCCACCAAGUUAAUCAGCAUUCUUUGCAGUGGGAGUCCUUUCCGGGAAAAUUUUCAGCCAAAUUGACUUUUAAUCUUCAUUUUCCACGUGGCUGGUAAAAUAGACAUCCUGGGCUAGAGGCCUUCUUUGGAGAGAACCAGGAUUUAUUCCCCGUGCAAUGUUCUUAAACAGAGCCAAGUCAUGGUUCCCUAGACUGUCCUGGUGGAGAGGAAAGCAGGACUUCAGCCAGGAGGAGCAUUUGAAAGAAAAACCGGAGGUCUCCGCGAAAUGCACGGGAUCUUCCAAGGCAAGAUGGUGGAGUGGCCGUCGGCUUUUGGAAAUGAUUGGAUGGGGCCAAGGUUCAGCGGCUGGAGGGCACUCGCUGUUUGCUGGAAUACCUCAAUAUGUGUCUCCUCACAAGCCAUCGGUGGAGUCUCCAGAGCACUUCCAGAUUUGCUUCAACUUCACCCGCCACCUCUUUGAUCUGUGUGUGGUGACUCUGCUCUGUGCAUCCUCCCCGGCUUUCCGGUUGGUGAUGGAUAUCCUGGGAUUUGGAGGACCUGUGAAGGUUUGGCUCCACGGCUUGGCCUGUUUCUUGGUCAGCGCCUAUGGGAUGUACUUGGUUCUGUGGUUGGUCCAAGAGUAUCUGUUGCAAUUUGCCUGUCUUUAUGGGUUUUUACAGACCUUGGUUUUGUGGGUCAGCAUCCGCGCUGAAUCGUUGGAGUCUCAAGAGGACAAACAAGCUGCCGGACUCGAUACAGAUCGAGAAGGAGAGCAGUCCGCGGCUAAUGGAUGUAAGCAAGAAUCGCCACUAUGAGGAAGAAUAUUGUAUUGUAUUGUGUCAGGGCCAGGACUUGAAGCCCAAGAGAUUGACUGAAGUGGGGCCCUGGAGAAUGAAAAGGAGUAACUUUUAUCUUGUAUUUAAGAUGGCUGGACAGAAAUUGGGAGAAGAAAAAGGUAAUAAGGAGAAACGGUAUUUCUCAAAACGAGUAAUGACUCAAAAAUAAGCACUACAUCCGCAGAACUUUCCCCAUAUAGGUUGUUCUAAAUUCUAGUUCUCAGUGGCUGCAAGGAAAGAUGGGAUCCAUCCAGAAUUAUCAUCAUCUAGUGGGGCUCAGCAAAAAUCACAGAGGGAAGAGGUGUGAGAUUCAUCUACCUUAAAGACAUAAACCAAUCGCAGCCUGGUUUGGGUGUGAUGGCUACCCCUAGAGGAUUCUGGGAACUGUAGUUUUUGAAGGGAAGAGGUGACAGAAAUUAUUAACUCUCUUUUUGGGUUUCUUGAUAGGAGUCAUCUUUACCUCUGGUUUGAAUCUGUAGUGCCCAGGUAAAAUAUAUUUUCAAAAGAAAGCAAAUAACAUCCAAAAUAUAGCCAGUUCCUGCAUAUUUACAAGAGCCUACGAUUUUUCCUGGCUUUGGCCUCCUAUUGCUUUCUGGGUGGCAGUGACCUGGUGAAGAUCAUCAAGAAUAGGCAGCUGAAAAUAAAGAGUACCUGCUGUUCCUAUAUGGUCUAGCCCAAAGAGAUCUCCAAACUUGGUAACGUUAAGACUUGUGGACUUCAACUCCCAGAAUUCCAUGGCUGGCUGAGGAAUUCUGGGAGUUGAAGUCCACAAGUCUUAAUGUUACCCAGUUUGGAGACCCCUGGUCUAGCCAGUAAGAGCAAACAGUUGCUUUUUAAAACAGGUUGGAUGGACUAAAAGCAAUGGCUCAUUUAAAAGCCUAGAGAAGAGCCAGUAGUUGAAUGUUCUGGGGAUAAAAUCCACUGUAUCCAAGGAUCUACCCUCUUGCCAGGGAGAAGUAAGAGAAGACAUAAUAGUUGUAUCCGUAUCUGAGCCAUGGAGUAGCCCAGUGGAUGGGAAGGUGAGGUCUACCUUCCAGAGGAUUGAGAAGUGGACAUCUGAAAGGCAGAUGGCUUUAGUGCAGUUGGCAAGAAGGGUAGAAGAUCAAUAGAAGUCUUAAACUCUGGGUGACAGGGAACCCAGGAAGAUUAAAUAUCUGCCACCCCUUUGCAGAAUACCAGCAGAAAUAAAAACUCUGAAUUCA